GCUGCAACACCCUCCACGCCUCCUCCACUCUGCAGCCCCCCUCGGCUAGCGACAAGCUGUCACACGCCCCAUGCCCGCGUCCUCAUAACCCGCAAAUGUACCCUCAUCACUCGGCUGCUCCCUCGUCGCACUGGGCAUCCCCCUCCACCGAGUACUCCUCUCCCCAGCCCCAACCUGCCGCCCGCCCUUAUCCGCCUCCGCCGCCCCAGCUUCAUCCUCCGACUCUCCAAGAGCCUCGUCCCGACAUGACUUCUCUACAACAGCAGCAGCCCUACCGCCUGCCUGCGCCCCAUCAGAUGUACCCGGGCCCUACGCCGCCCGAUCCCUAUCGCCAGCCUCCUCCGCCACACGCCCUCUACCAACAACAUCAGCCUGCCCCGCGCCAGAGGACCGCCAUCGCUUGCCGUUAUUGCAGGCGACGCAAGAUUCGCUGUUCCGGCUUUGAAGCUUCCGAAGAUGGUCGUUGCACCAACUGCGUCCGCUUCUCUCAAGAGUGCAUCUUCACCCCCGUCUCCGCCCAAACGCAAGCCUUUGUUCCUGCGCACACGGUAUGGCGCGGCGGCGGCGCACCGCCUCCUCUCUACGGCGCCUACGGCCAGCCUCUCCCCGCUACGCAACCUACGGACCCGUACGGCGCGCCGCCUCGCCCUCAGCCAGGCUACCCGCUGCCUAGCCCAACAGCUUCCUCGACUGCCUCUUACCAGUCUGCGCCGCAUCCUCAGGCGCAACCUUACUACGCGCCCCAGCCUCCGCGUCGUUCAAGUCCGCAAUCCGCUUACUCUUACGACCCCAGCCGUGCGAGCAGCAGCCCUCACACUCAAGGUGCUCCGAGCACUCCUGGCAGUUCAUACACUUAUAGCAGUGACGCCACAUUGAGGCCGCCUUCGAGCAUUCCCAUUCGCCAGGACGGUAGGACCCCGCCUCCGCCCACGUCCUCGGCUGGCACUCCUGCGGCUGGUGGCUCGAGAGCGGCAAUGCGCAUUUCCGACAUGGUCAGCGGUGGUGACUCUGGGAGGAGCGCUGCGGACGCCGACAUGCUGAACGCCUUGAACAGGAGGGGCAUGUGAAUAUUUUUAACGACAAAUGGGAGAUGAGCGACGAAAAACCAAAACCAAUCGGACCCCGAUGCAGCAGGAGCUGGCUCUCCGACGCUGCGACGACACAACCAGCAAAAUCAAGCAUCUGCUACGAAAGAAACUAAGGGUCCAAAAGGCCAAGGAGAAAUCGGAGGAUUUCCACGUCGAGGAGCCAUUAAUCCCUCCAUUCCUGACUCUUCGGCCACGUUUGUACUGGUCUCGUCACCACAGUGGGCGGUCAUGCUUGAAGCGAGCUUUGUUGAGUUUCACUGUUUUUCUUUUUUUUUAUCCGCGAGCAUGCAUUGAAAGUCCCAAACCCACCGGCGGCUCCAG